AUGGAAGAGAAAAUUGAAGGGAUGUACUCGUCUUUCCUGAACCAAGUUCGGAGUUUUGAAAACAGGAUGGGAGAAAUUAUGGCAGGUUUUACAUCGAUGUUUGACUCUCCCACUCUCGACCCUGGUUUCUUCCCGGCUCCUCCAAAAGUUUACAUCGACAACGACCUUGGACGGCAAACAUUUCUUAUCCGCACACAGAAGCCCUUGGUGAGCGAGCCUGUUGAAUCUGAUUGGAUCGAUGGAAGGAUUAUUUCGUGGAUUCCCGGAGAUCAGGCGCGGAUCAAUGGAUUUGCACGAUUCAACCCAAAUUUCAUCGAUGAAUCUGGAACACCCAAAUUUGUCUCGAUUCCUGAAACGGCUCAGAAAAGUGUAUUAUGCGGACCCGAUGAUGCGUUCAGUUGGUAUCAGCUUCCUCUCAUUGUGUACUCCUUCAUUGGCAUCAUUUUCUUGAUGAUGACCUUUGUGUUGACAGCGCUGCUCGUCCGGCGGAGGAAACUGAAAAGGUUGAGACGCGAACUUGGACCAGCGCUCCAAAAUCAAGCCACAUUUUCCCCAGUCACUGCCGAAUCAAUUUCCGUAACGGUCGAGAACAAAGCCGCGUUUGAUGAUGCCGACGCUCCACCUGACUACAGCAUGGUGAUGGAUGCCAAAGGUUUGCCGCCUCAUUCGCCGCCGGCUUACUCGAAAAAUGAAGAAAAACGCGAAGAAUUUAGCAGGGGCGAAAAGCCGCCGAAUUCGCCGUGCGAUUGA